AACAAGGAGGCUCCCUCCGUUUGUCUCCUUUCACUUGGCAUAAUUAUUUCCAGAUUCAUCCGUGUUGUUGGAAGCAGUCUUUUUCCCUCGAUGUUCUGGAAAGGUUCGUGCAGAAUUGGUGUCAUUUCUUCCUGAAAUGUUUAUAGAAUUCACCAGUGAAGCCAGCCGAGCCUGAGUUUUCCACGUGGAAAGAUGUUUAAACACCAACCUGUCUCGUGCUGGGUGUCCACUGAGCUCCUGAGGUCUGUGGAUUCACAGUUUUCAUCAACUCUGGGAAAACUGGUUUCCUCAGACAUUGUCCCAUCCACCCUGUCCUUGGACUCCGAUUCCACGUACGUGGUGCUGCUUGAGGUUUCCCUUUCACGCACGUUCUCUCUUUGGGGAGGCUCCUGUCGUCUCUCCAGAUCCGCUCGCUUUUCUGCCAUGGUCAGUCCUUCCGGUGGGUCUUGCUCUCACACUUUGUGGUUUUCUCCCGUAGACGUUGGGUGGGCAUCUUUUUGUACUUUCUGUGAUUCCAGCCCCUCUUGAACAAGACGGACUGCAGGCCGCCUGGCCGCCUUAAUGACCCGCUAAGCCCCGCUUGGCACCAGCUGCAGGUCAGUUUCGACUCUGAGUUUUCCUCCUCUGGCUGCUGUGCGCCUGGCGACCUUUAGUUGGGUGCCCGACGCCGCGACCCUCGCCUCGCUGGGUGCAGAUGCGCUGGCUCCUGGAACUGUUCUUGAGCGUUGUUCAGGGAUGCGGUUAAGCUGCUUGCAAACAGGUCGGCUUCAUGCUAAGAUUAGUCAACACUUGUCACGCAGGACUGGGCGGAGCUCACUCUGGGGCUAAUUAGCCCCACAUCAAGGCAAGAUCUCUGACGCCAGGACCGUGGGUUUCCAGUCUGGCUGGUGGGAACAGGCAGGUGUCCUGCCCUGUGUGAGCGCCAGGCAACAUUCCCUCUGACCUCUCGGGCCGUGUGGCUUCCCCACAGUGCUCUGAGCUGCCCCAUCCUGGCCCCUCCUCAGCUCUCUGCUCUCUCUCUCUCUGCAGCCCCCUCGUGUCCUCCAGGGCCUGCUCCUCCUGGACUCUCCGCCCCAUCUCCUCACUCAGGGUCCUCCUGACUCCACUGGGGUCCCCUUCUCCCAGCAGGAAGCUGGGGCGACAGAGGGCUUCCCUCACCUGUGUGACCUCAGGAGCCCCGGGCCGGCUGCCUGGCGUGGGCGUCUCUCCAGCUGUCGUUCCGUCAGAACCUGCUGAACUGCUCCAACACUGCUGGACCAGAUUUUCAGUGACCUCUCAGCCUCACGGCCUGAGCCGGCCAGCCCAGACACCCCGACGCAGCUAGCAGGGAGCCCGACGCCUUCCCGCCUCAGCACCCUCAGCGGAGAGUCUGCUGGCCCAGGAAGCCUCAGCCAGCCCCCCACGGAGCUUGGGGAGCUUUCAGGAUGGAGGCAGAUGGGGGGUCCUCGACCCCCCUGGGUGCCGCUGCUGCCCAGGGGGUGCUGGACACUGGGCCUGGCUGCUCCUCCCUGGAGCUGUGCGACACAGCCCCGGGGAAGUUCCGAGCGCUGCCCCUCGGGGACCCUGCCAGUCAGACCGAUGCAGGCGCCAGCCCGCCAGACACGGGCCCUGCGGGGGAGCUGAGCAGUAGCACCAAGAUCCCCAACCGGGACAGCGGGAUCGACAGCCCACCCUGCAGCGUGGCCGGCGAGCACUUCCCCUGUGAGGAGGGCAGUGAGGCGGCCUCCCACCCCCCGGUCCCGGGGCUGCACCCAGAGACGGCCCCGGAUGGCAAGGCCCCACCGGAGGAGGCUGAGAGCGACGUGGGCGAGGGCAGUGUCGAGGAGCCUGACCCCAAGGACGGCCCCCCGAGGGCCAUCACGGACCCGGCCAAGUGCUCUGAGCCCCAGAAGCUGCUUCACAUUGCUCAGGAGCUCCUGCACACCGAGGAGACCUACGUGAGGCGGCUGCACCUGCUGGACCAGGUUUUCUGCACCCGGCUGACGGAAGCGGGGAUCCCUCCAGAAGUCACCACAGGGAUCUUCUCUAACAUCUCCUCCAUCUAUUGCUUCCAUGGGCAGUUCCUCCUGCCUGAGCUGCAGACGCGGAUCACGGAGGAGUGGGACUCAAACCCCCGGCUUGGGGACAUCCUGCAGAAGCUGGCCCCAUUCCUCAAGAUGUAUGGCGAGUACAUCAAGAACUUCGACCGGGCCAUGGAGCUGGUGAGCACCUGGACCCAGCGCUCACUGCUGUUCAAAGACAUCGUCCACAGCAUCCAGAAGGAGGAGGUGUGUGGGAACCUGACGCUGCAGCACCACAUGCUGGAGCCCGUGCAGAGGAUCCCCCGCUACGAGCUGCUGCUCAAGGACUAUCUGAAGAGGCUCCCAGGGGACGCCCCCGACCGCAAGGAUGCAGAGAGGUCCUUGGAGCUCAUCUCCACAGCCGCCAACCACUCCAACGCCGCCAUUCGGAAAAUGGAGAAGAUGCACAAGCUCUUGGAAGUGUAUGAGCGCCUGGGGGGUGAGGAAGACAUCGUCAACCCGGCCAACGAGCUGAUCAAGGAGGGCCAGAUCCAGAAGCUGUCCGCCAAGAACGGCACCGCCCAGGACCGCCACCUCUUCCUGUUCAACAGCAUGAUCCUUUACUGUGUGCCCAAACUGCGGCUCAUGGGCCAGAAGUUCAGUGUCCGGGAGAAGAUGGACAUUUCGGGCCUCCAGGUGCAGGAUGUCGUCAAGCCAAAUGCAGUACACACAUUCAUCAUCACGGGGAAGAGAAGGUCCCUGGAGCUGCUGACCCGGACAGAAGAGGAGAAGAAAGAAUGGAUUCAGGUCAUUGAGGCCACCAUCGAGAAGCACAAGCAGAACAGCCAGACCUUCAAGGCCUUCAGCGGCUCCGGCGGCCAGGAUGAGGACCCCUCCCUCACUCCAGACCCAGCGACGCUGAGCGCCAGCUCCGGGGAGCCCGCCGCUGCCGAUGGUGGAGGGGGUGCAGCGCUCGAGCCCAGGAGAGCGUCCUCUAAGACCAGGCGUGACAAGGAGAAGCCGGGCUGCAGGAGCUGCGGCGAGACCUUCAACUCCAUCACCAAGAGGAAGCACCACUGCAAGCUGUGCGGGGCUGUCAUCUGUGGGAAGUGCUCUGAGUUCAAGGCCGAGAACGGCAGGCAGAGCCGUGUCUGCCGACAGUGUUUCCUGACUCAGCCGGUGGCCACCGUGAGCCCCAGCCCUGAGGAGCCUGUGGAGCCCAAGCAGGGCAUGGAGAAGCCAGCCACUGCGGACCCCCUGCCCAACCUGUUCUGCGGCCCCCUGCGGGUGUCAGACUGCGGCUCAGCCUGGAGCGAGGUGUGGGCUGCCAUCCCCGCGUCGGAUCCCCUGGAGCUGGUGCUGCACCCACAGGGAGGCAGCCAGGACGGCCAGCCACUCCGUGCCAUCCCCCUCUCCGGCUGCACGGUGAGCGUGCUGGACCCCGCAGAGAAGCCAGAGGCUGGGCACGUGUGGCGGUUGCACCAGGCCCAGCGGUCCUUGUACCUGAGCACCUCGUCCGAAGAGCUGCAGCAGCAGUGGCUGGAAGCCCUGAGCACAGCCGCCCUUGGGGACUUGGCCCGGGCCAGCCGGGGAGCCCUGCAACCCCAGACCCCGUGAGCUGAGUCUCGGCUGUGUCUCCAGCUCUGCGGCCACCACGGCAGGGCCUGUGCUCACCUGGGAGAUGGCGUUGGAGGCCACGUGCUUGCGUGAAAGGCACUGGGACUGCUGAGGAGCUGACAGGUCACAGGGCACUUGGCCCUGGAGGGUCCCUCUGCUUCAGAGAGGAGGAAACUGAGGCCCAGAGAUGGGUGGCCAACUGCCCAGGGUCACCCAGCACACUCCCAAGAAGCGCCUGGCCUCUGCCCCAGCCCCAGCAGAGUGGCCUGGAGUGGGGCGUGGGCGAGUGUCGUGAGUGGCCCUGCGGGGGCACUCGGCUCUUAAGGGCAAGAGAAGCAUCCUGGGCGGUGCCCGGGGACACUUGGUAAAGGCUACAGUCAUGCUGGCCCUCCACACUGCUGCCCGCCUGUCCACACUGUCUACACUGUCUGCACCGUGUGAGCUGGAUGGAACUGGCCCUGGGACUCCACCCCACCUCCUCCAUCCCAUGCGGAGCAGCCCCUGGAGGAGGGAGCCGUAGGCCUGGGCGAUUCAUACGGGGCUCGAGGUUCCUGAAUAACCUCUCUGCGAAACUGGACGGGAGGCCCACCCUGGGUCGUGUAGUGCCUGUCUCCCCUGGUGGGCGGCGGGCAGCAGGCGGCAGGCGGUGCUUGUCUGCGUAAAUAAAUGCUGGCAGCCAGCAAGUGGGCACAGCCUCAGGCCAUCA